AUGGCUGUUGAUCUAACGACGACAAGAUUCUCCAUGAUGAUGCCAAUGUUGGUCCAGGGGCUUCUUUACGCCAUCAGUGUCUGUGACGGGGCUAACUACACAGACUUGCAACGCCUCCACGACAGUCUCCUCACCUACUACCGACCAAACCUCCGCCCCGUCAACGACUCAUCACGGACAGUGUUGGUCAACAUGGACAUUGCAGUAUUCAAUAUCGUCACCCUCGACUUGACCAGUGAAAGUUUGGUCACGUGGCUGGAGCUCGUGGUCACGUGGACGGACGAGAGGUUGACGUGGAAUGCCGAUCAGUACACAGAUGUAAGAGCGAUUAACUUUCCCAGACGUAAAUUAUGGGUUUCAGAUGUUCACGUCCUCAACGCCCACAGGAGCGAGGACAUCCUCGGCGACGCUGACAACACUCUACAGGUUUAUCCUGAUGGCAAGGUCCAGUGGUUUAUUGAUCUGGAGACAAGAACACCAUGUCCGGUUUCACUCACAAGGUUCCCGUUUGAUAAACACACGUGUUCGGUCACUCUAACCACCGCCUAUCAUGGAGAAGUUGACGUCAACAUCAGUGACGUGACCUUCACCGACGAGAAAGCCAUCAAGACAGGUGAGUGGAUGUUGACAACGUCCUCCGCCAAGAGAGUAACCCUUGGCGAACACAGACCCAAGAGUGGAGUGACUGUAUCGCUGACCCUGCGACGUCAUGGAGGUUACUAUAUCUUCUGUCUGAUACUGCCCCUGUUUAUUGUUGCUGUCGUCAAUCCUUGUGUGAUCCUGGUCAGGUCCAAUAGCGGGGAGAAGACGUCAACCGCUGUCACCCUCUUCCUGUCCUUCACGAUCUUCAUCACCCUCCUCGCUGAUCUGCUACCACAGUCGUCCCGGGGCAUUCCAGUCUUCACAGUCCUCGUCUACAUGCAGUUCCUGUUCAGUUCAGGGAUCGUGGCGUACUGCAUUGUUUCACAACGGCUAAGUCAGAGAUACAAGCACAACAGACUGACGCGGAUCCUGGCACUUGUCCUCCUGAAGACAGGAAGGAAGAAGGCUGUACAGCCAGCCACUACGACAGGCGCUGGUGAUGGUGGAUCGGAACGUGACCCGGAGGAGUUCACCGACUUUCUUCAACUGGCGGAUAAACUGGACAGUGUCGUAUUCUGUGUAUGCACGGCUGACGCCAUUCUGGUUAUGAACUUCACCCUACUGUCUCUCCUCGUUACAUGA